AUGCAAUUACUUGUUUUUUUUGGUUUUCUUUUUCUAAAUUCUUUAAAUUCUCUUCCAAUACCAUCAUCCUAUAUUAAUAAUGAUUAUAAUAAACUUCUUCCAUUUUAUCUUCAACAAGUUCAUUUAAUUAAUUCAACACAUUCACCAAGUCUUAUUGGACAACAACUUAAUCAAGCUUAUUUAGAUCUUUUACCUGUUGAUCGUUUACUCUAUACUUAUUAUGUUAAUGCUAAUAUAAGUGUUGAAGGUAUUGAAUCAUUAGGUGGAUGGGAAUCACCAUCAAGCGAUAUUCGUGGUGUUUUUCUCGCCUUUUAUUUACAAGCAUCAGCUAAAGCUUAUCUUGCUUAUAAUAAUACACAUCAAUUAAUUAAAGCUCAAUAUCUUGUUGAACAACUUUAUCGUGUACAAAAAAAUUUAGAUGAAUCAGGUUUUCUUGCUGCAUGGCCAUCUGAACAUUUACGUAAAUUAGAACAUCUGGAAAAAGUCUGGGCGCCGAUCUAUUGUUAUGAAAAACUUCUACGUGGUUUAUCUGAUAUGUAUACAUUAACUGGUUUAACAUUAGCUGGUCAAAUGAUGAAUAGUAUGCUUGAUUAUUUAUAUACAUGGAUGAUUUUUUGUUCUCAAACAUAUUCAAUAUCACAUUGGCAUGCAAUGGUUUUUAGUACACUUGGUUAUGAAUAUGGUGGAAUAAGUGAUUUUCUCUAUGAACAAUAUGGUCUUACAAAUGAUAAACGAUACUUUUGGAUGGCACAACAAUUUGAUGAUGGAAGAUUUCUUGGUGCACUUGCUCUAAAUACUGAUUCUCUAGCAGGUGUACAUGCUAAUUCACAUGUACCGCCUGUAAUAGGUAGUGGUCGACGUUAUACAAUAACUGGUGAAGAACAAUAUCGAUUAAUAUUAGAAAAUUUCUAUUCAAUAGUAUGGAAUAAUCAUAUAUAUUCAACAGGUGGUUCAAAUGGUGGUAAUGGAUCAAUAGGUUUCUAUCAACAAGAACGUUAUAGUGAUUCAAAUCUUUUAUCACAAACACUUUGGAAUAAUAAUCAAGAAUUUUGUGUUCAAUAUAAUAUGCUUAAAUUAAUACGAAUGUUAAUACAAUGGAGUGGUGAAAUAAAAUAUGCUGAUGCAUUUGAACGUAUAUUUGUUAAUAGUAUUUGGGGUACACAAGAUCCAAGUGAACCUGGUCAUAUGUUAUAUAGUUAUCCGUUAGGUGAAGGUGUUAGUAAACCAAAAUCUGUUGGUGGUGGAUCAACUGGUUACGGGACACAAUUUGAUAGUUUUUGGUGUUGUUAUACAACCGCAAUUGAUCAAUGUACUAAAAUGAGUGAUUCAAUUUAUUUUUAUUCAAAUAAAAAUAAUAUAUUAUCAAUUUAUAUUAAUUUAUUUGUUGCAUCACAACUUGAUUGGAUUGCACAAAAAUUAUCUAUUCAACAAAUAACAGCAUUUCCAAGAGAAACAACAACGAAUUUAACUUUCAUUACUUUAUUAGAUCAAAUUUCAAUGAAUAUUUAUUUACGAGUCCCAUCAUGGAUUGUUUCUAAUCAAUCUUGGAUUGAAAUCAAUAAUAUUCGUCAAACAAUUGAUUUAAUACCUUCAAGUUAUGUACAUCUUCCAAGAAUUAAUUGGAGAAAUAAUGAUCGAAUUGUUUAUAAUAUGAAUAUGAAAUUAUCUUAUGAACCAAUUAAUGAUAAUUCAAAAUUAGUUUCAAUUUUAUAUGGACCUAUUGUUCUUGGUGGUUUAAUAAAUCAAGCUAAAAUAUUAUCUAAUGAUAUAAAUACUAUUCGAAAAAUAAAUCGAACAUCAUAUGAAUCUUUAUUAUUUGAAACAAUUGCUUUGGAUGGAACAACUAUUCAAUUUUUACCAUUAUAUGAAAUUAUUAAUCAAACAUAUACUGUAUAUUUUCCUAUUCACUAA